GAGGAUAAGUAUCCAAGGUGGGCAAGGUGCUAUCAUCCUGAAGUAUAUACCAACAUGUUGACGAACAAUUAUGUGGAGUCAUGGCACAAUCAGCUCAAGACCGUUUAUUUGCAACGCAAAUACCCAAGACGUGUAGAUUUUCUAAUCUAUACCCUUGUUGAAGAAGUCGAGCUCGAUAUGGUGGCCAUCAUCAAGCAACGUGCAGCACGCAACGGUGCAUUGACCAACCAACAGCGGCAUAUGCUACAGAAGAGGAAACAAGCCAAUGACUUGGCUAAUGACAUGACCGACAUGCAACUUAGCUGUAUGAUUCAACCGAGUACAGCGGAUACAAAUGCAUACCUUGUCAAUAGUUUUGCACUUGAUGGUAUCCGUUUUACGGUCACUGUUGAAUACGACACAGCCUCUGAUACCACAAAAGUGAUGACAUGCUCAUGUCUAGCUUACAAGUUUAAUAACAAGGCAUGCAAGCACAUGUUCCUUCUCGCACGUUGGAAUACAUCUUACGUCGUUAAUGGUGAUCAUCAACCUAAAAGGGUCACGAUUGAUCUCAACCCUUCCGCUCCUUCUCUUUCUCCAUCUGCAUCGCGAGCUCAAGAUGCCAACAAUGUCUCUCAAUCCGCUUCCACCACUACCAAUGACACCAACGAUAAUACUUCCAUGGAUAAUCCUCGUGAUACCAUCAAGUCCCAAAUCAACAGGUUCAAACGUACACUCGAUCAAGGAUCAUUUAAUGAUGCAAAACUUCUUGAUAUUAUUGGCAAACUGGACAAUCUUCAAUCUGAACUCGAUCAAGCUCGUAUACUACCACCAAACGCUAGACUCCCGCCACAACACCCACGCAAAAGAAAUCGAACUAGAAAAUAA